UCAUUUGAGGCACAGUUAAACCUGCUAUUGCUGCAAUGCAUCCGUGUAGCAUCUCUCCUUGUAAAUGGGCAGAGCUUAGGGCAGUGGCAUUCUUUCAUUUAGAAGCAAGUAGCCAAACAAUAGGUGUGAAUUUAUUUGAUUGGCCCGAGCUGCUGUUUUGUUGGCAGCACUAAACACAAAGCAACCAUUGAUGAAAACAGCACCAUGGAAACCAAGGUAGCUCUAUGUAGUAUAGUUGUUCACGCACCCUGUAGCUUCAACAACAGUUGAACUAUGUGGACAACGGCAGAAAGCUUGCUUCAAGUUAAGGAAAAUGACCUCCCCAGGAGUGUUUGCUGCCCCUCAGGCUAAGAAUGUGGUCCUCUAUAAGAAUGGAGAUCCGUUUUUCACUGGAAGGAAGUUUGUGGUUAACCAGAGGCAGAUACUGACUUUUGAAACUUUUUUAAAUGAAGUAACAAGUAACAUCAAUGCUCCCGUGGCCGUGAGAAAGAUUUACACUCCAGGGGAAGGACACAGAGUCCUCGAGUUAAAUGAUCUACAGAACGGAUGCCAUUAUGUGGCAGCAGGAUUUGAGAAGUUUAAAAAAUUAGACUAUUUACAAAAUGGGAACAAAAAGCCGGAUGGAAACAGAAGAAAGCACAAUCUGAUGGUGAGGAUUGUCUAUCCCUAUAGAGGACACACCUCGGCAAGAUGGAGCAAGUACAUUCAGAUGCCAUGUAUCAUCAAUAUUUUUAGGAACGGAGACCUCCUCACUGCACCGUUUCGAUUAGUUAUUCCCAAACACGUGAUGUCAGAUUGGGAUACCAUCCUCGCCAUGGUAACAGAGAAAGCAAACCUACGGACUGGAGCUGCACGCAGACUUUACACACUGGAUGGGAGUGUGAUAGACAGGGGCACCAAGCUGGAGAGUGGACAGUACUAUGUCGGUGUUGGGUCUGAAAAGUUUAAACACCUGCCAUAUCUUGAACUCCUGGGGGACAAAAUACCCUCACGCAAUACUCACAGACAUCAUCAGGUGAUCAGAAUCCAACAUAAGAAUUCAAACAAAGAAGAACCAAAUCAUCGUCGUGUCCAAUCCACUGGGAACGCGGGAAAGGCCGGCAUUAUAGUCUCUCCACGGAUGGUCGUAAAGAGAGACACAAACGCCAGCAGCCAAAAUCAUUCUGUAUUCUAUACAAAGCCGGUUACUGUGUGGACCCAUCGGAAAUUCACAAAGAUUUCACAGGCCAGAGCAGCAACCACAGAGAACGGGAGCGUUUUUAAGGUGAAUGAGAAAAGAGCUGAGCUGCAGGGAGCUCAUGAAAUUCCUGACGAUGAAAAUACUAAGGUGGAGCUUCCAAUUGAUCAGAGAGUUGCUGAGAUUGUUCAAGAUGAAGUAAUUCACGAAGCAAGGCCUGGCAAUGUGAAAGAGAAGCUGGGAACUUCCUGGAUCAGGUUAAUUCACCAACAGUGAGAUGACGAUUGAGGAAAUAAAUGAAGAAAAAAUUAACUUAAUACAAACAAGCCCUGUUUCUGGUUAAGACACUCGUGUUUCAUAGUGUUCACCUUUGCAGAGCUACAAGUCACAAUAACAUCACUUCCUAUCAUC